AUGGAGAGGAAAAGGGAGAAGAACCACAACGAGCACCAGCGCCACCGCUUAACACCUCCAGCAGCACAACUAAUGAUUGCAGCCAUCGCUGCACACUCCAAUCUCCCAAGCUCCGACCUUUGUGCUAUUUCCAACUGCCCGUUAGAAUCCAUCGAAACAUCUGAUUGUCAAAAACAUUCUUGCCCGCAAUUCUAUUAUGCUUAUGGCGAUGGCAGCCUGAUAGCUCGCCUAUACCGCGACUCUAUUAGUCUACCGUUAAGCAACCCAACAAACUUGAUAGUCAAUAAUUUCACAUUUGGCUGUGCCCACACCGCGCUAGCCGAGCCUAUUGGAGUUGCUGGGUUUGGCCGGGGAGUCCUUUCUUUGCCUGCCCAGCUUGCUACAUUACCUCCCCAUCUUGGGAACCAAUUCUCUUAUUGUUUGGUGUCUCAUUCCUUUGAUUCAGACCGACUUCGUCGACCAAGCCCGCUCAUUUUAGGAAGGUAUGAUCAUGAUGAGAAAGAGAGAAGGGUAAACGGUAUUAAUAAGCCUCGUUUUGUAUAUACUUCUAUGCUCGAUAAUCCAGAGCACCCUUAUUUUUAUUGUGUUGGACUUGAGGGUAUUUCUAUUGGUAGAAAGAAAAUCCCGGCUCCAGGGUUUUUGAGGAAGGUUGAUGGAGAGGGGAGUGGUGGGUUGGUGGUGGAUUCAGGGACUACUUUUACUAUGUUGCCGGCGAGUUUGUAUGGCUCUGUUGUGGCAGAGUUUGAGAAACGAUUUGGGCGAGUUAAUGAGCGAGCUAUAGUUAUUGAGGAAGAUACUGGAUUGAGUCCUUGUUAUUAUUUCGACAAUAACGUGAUGAAUGUGCCAAGUGUCGUGCUGCAUUUUGUGGGGAAUGGAUCAAGUGUGGUGCUUCCUAGAAGGAACUAUUUUUAUGAAUUUUUGGAUGGUGGUGAUGGGAAGGGGAAGAAAAGAAAGGUUGGGUGUUUGAUGCUGAUGAACGGUGGUGACGAGGCUGAGUUGAGUGGUGGGCCGGGGGCUACUUUGGGGAAUUACCAGCAACAGGGGUUUGAAGUGGUUUAUGAUUUGGAGAACAAAAGGGUUGGGUUUGCAAGGAGGCAGUGUGCAUCUUUAUGGGAAACCUUGAACCAGGAUUAACAAUUAAACCUUAAGAGGGUUUAAGAAGUCCAAGGUUUUGGGUUUUGUUCGUACAAGUUCAGUUCAUACUCGCAUCACUUUUUUGCUUUUGGCAUUGAACUCAAUAAUGUCCAUUGAAAUGUUUAUUGCUUGGCACAUAGGAAGGUGGACGCGAGAAGCAAAAAAACGAAAUGCCUGUAAAAAGCUGUGUAAAGUUGGAAUCUAUAGUGGUUGUUGUGAUUAAAUAGUGUUCCAGGGAUGGAUGGUGUAUUUAGUUUGAGCAAUGCUUUGUACAUUAUUCAAUAAGAGCUGACAGUGACGAUGCAAGAACGUUUUUCCACA